GUUUGUGUUUUUGUGAUUGGCAGUUGGAACUGAUUGAAAAAAAUGACAAGGGUGACUCGAGAUUUUGGUGAUACAAUGCAGAAAGAGGCAGUGCCUGCAGUAUCCUCUGAUGUGGUGUUUACUUCAAGUAGGUUCCCUAACUACAGAAUUGGAGCCAAUAAUCAGAUUAUGGAGACGAAGGAAGACCCGAAAGUACUGUCUAUGAAGGAGGUUGUUGCUCGUGAGACUGCCCAGCUGUUGGAACAGCAAAACCGUCUAUCGGUUCGUGACCUUGCCAGUAAGUUUGAGAGGGGUUUAGCUGCUGCUGCUAAGUUGUCCGAAGAGGCUAGACUUAGAGAAGCAGCAUCAUUGGAAAAACAUGUUCUUUUGAAGAAGCUUAGAGAUGCACUUGAAUCCUUAAAAGGGCGUGUGGCAGGCAGAAACAAGGAUGAUGUAGAGGAAGCUAUUGCUAUGGUUGAAGCUCUGGCAGUUCAGUUAACUCAGAGGGAAGGGGAACUAUUACUAGAGAAGGCAGAGGUGAAGAAGCUGGCAAGUUUCCUUAAGCAGGCUUCUGAAGAUGCUAAGAGACUUGUUGACGAGGAAAGAGCUUUUGCUCGUACUGAAAUUGAGAAUGCUAGAGCAGCAGUUCAGAGAGUUGAAGAGGCACUUCAAGAACAUGAGAGAAUGUCUCACGCUUCAGGGAACCAGGACAUCGAACAAUUAAUGAAGGAGGUUCAAGAGGCUCGUAGAAUCAAAAUGCUACAUCAACCAAGCAAGGUCAUGGACAUGGAACAUGAACUUCGAGCAUUGAGGGCUCAACUUUCGGAGAAGACUAGACAUUAUCUUCGACUUCAAAAGGAGCUGGCAAGGACAAAGAAAGGUGGGGAAAGUGUUCCACAAUUUUAUGAACUAGAAGGCACUGAGACAUUAGGUUCUUAUUUGGAAAUUCAGCCUUGCUCCGAUAUUGUUCCUGAAGUUUCAAAAUGUUCAAUCCAGUGGUAUCGUGUGUCGUCCGAUGGCACCAAAAAAGAACUUAUUUCAGGAGCAACUAAAUCGAUUUAUGCCCCUGAACCUUUUGAUGUUGGACGCAUAUUGCAAGUUGACAUUAUUUCCGAUGGCCAGCACAUCACACUAUCAACCACCGGUCCAAUAGAUCCAGCUGCUGGUUUGGGAACCUAUGUAGAGGCGCUUGUGCGAAAACAUGAUACUGAAUUUAAUGUGGUCGUAACUCAGAUUAAUGGUUCACAUCAUCCAACCGAAUCAAUUCAUGUACUUCAUGUUGGAAAGAUGAGGAUUAAGCUAUGCAAAGGAAAGACAACAAUUGCUAAAGAAUAUUAUUCAAGUUCAAUGCAGCUUUGUGGAGUUCGAGGUGGUGGCAACGCCGUGGCCCAGGCGCUGUUUUGGCAGCCAAAGCAAGGGUACUCUUUUGUAUUAGCUUUCGAAUCCGAGAGAGAAAGAAAUGCAGCUAUCAUGCUUGCAAGGAGGUUUGCAUUUGACUGUAAUAUCAUGCUUGCUGGACCAGAUGACAGGGCUCCCUUAGGGACAUGAUGAUGAUGAUGAUGAUGAUGAUUUCUCAUUUCCCAAAAUGUAAUUAUAUGAAAUUUUCUACAUUGUAUAAUAAAAAUAAAUAAUAGUAUUAGUGUGUGUAAUAGUAAAAAUGUGCCUUGUUAAGUUGUUAUUGCGGUUAAUGGAUACAAUGAUUCAUACCUUACCUUAUGGUCUGAAUCCCCUUUUAUAUAAAAAUUUUGUUUCACAAACACCAAGGCAAUUGUUUUUGUUUGUUGC